AUGUUCACUGACAGGUCGGAAAGAAAACCCAGGGAGAUGUGACAGGUUGAGAAUAAAGAAACUUACCCAAAGUGACAUCGCCGGAUUUCUUUAUACUAACUCCUUAAAAGCUAACUACCCGUAAGGAUGGAAGAGAUCAUGGAAGAAGACCGCUUUGACAUUACGGACGAUCACAACCAUAACAAUAACUGUGGAAACGGUGCAAAGACAUACAUGUACCCCAAGGAUGAUCUUUCAAAUGAGCCCGAACUCCUUCCUCGUUGCCCCGAACUUAGCGCUCACCCUUCGCCGAGGGACUCAGCUGGAACUCUUCAAAGACAGGAAUAUGUGUACAGUUACUCCGCUGAACCAAGCGGCUGGGCCAGCGAACCCGAAAAAGCUGCAGCUUCGAGUGCAGGGAAACACACUCCAAACAUCAAUAACUCAGCUCCCAAGUUCUUGAUGAAUGUGAUGACUACUGAGGAUUAUAAAAGCACAUACUGGCCAAAACUGGAAAGAGCCAUUGACCAACUGCUGACACAGAGCCAAGUGGACUACAUCCCAAUCUCAUACGAGCAAAUAUAUAGCUGUGUAUAUAAGUGUGUGUGUCAGCAGCACUCAGAGCUGAUGUACAGCGACUUAAAACGCAAGAUAACUACUUACCUUGAACAAGUCUCACAUGAGUUACAGGGCAGUUCACCUGACACUUUCAUUGAGAAGUUUAACUCUGCUCUCACCCAAUAUAUGGCAGCCCUUGAAAGCAUAGUGCCAAUAUUCAUUUAUAUGAACAAGUUUUACAUUGAAACGAAACUAAACCGAGACCUGAGAGAUGAUCUCAUCACACUGUUUACGGAUCAUGUUGCAGAAAAACAUGUGAACACAUUAAUGCCUCUCCUUCUAAAAGCCCAUUCCACACCUUUUCAAAUCACACCAUCAACAAUGGCGAGCAUAGUGAAAGGCCUCUACACCCUUCGACCAGAUUGGGUCCAGUUAGCUCCAGCACUGUUUUCCAACUUCAUUCCCCAAAUUCACCCACCAGUCCGGGAGUCUCAACUCCCAGAUUACGCUGCUCAGGACCAGAAGCUUCAAAUGGACCUUGUCCAGAAUGGCUUUUCCAGAGGUGACCAAUCUCGUAAAAGAUCUGGUGAAGAACUGACAAACAAUGUGUCAUCAUCUUCCUGCCCCACAUCCAGAUGCUGCAGAUAAUGGGCAUGCAGAGCCAGCCUGCCUUUUUUAUUAACAUGUUCUGAAAUACAGACAUGAACAAACGUAGCAGGAAAGACAGGGCACAAACCAAACAGCUGGAAGUGACAGGAAUUAAUGUUUGGUGAAAAGAGCAGUUGUCACCUUACCCCCCCCCAAGUUCUGAAAAGCACAGCUGAACUGCAGAAGCUGCUAAUACAUAAGGGUGAUCUGGGCACUCUCCUCUCAUGGUGAGAAUACUCAAGCAUUAAUGACAUAAUGGAGGUUUCAACAACUUUUUUGUUUAUUAUUAUCUCCACUAUCCAUUUUUGGCUCUGAGAAAGUUCUUCUGAGGGAAAAAGUGCCUUUCACUGCUACUUUGGAUAAGCAUCUUUUUAUGUAAUAUAAUCAUUUUCAUUUUUCUGUGACACAGGAGUGAGAAAAUAAAACCAUGUAUACAGACACUGAGUUUCUAUUGUUAUGUGAGUCUAAAUAUAC